UAUAUUUAAUCGAUAUCUUUUUCUUAUUUAUCCUCCAUGUUGGAUUCUUGAUUCAAGAAUUUUAUUGUUAUUGUUCAGUAUUGCGCAUUAAAGAACGCUAAAACUAAUCCAAAUUAUGGCUGAAGAUCUAUCAUCAAAUUUACAGAGUUAUCAACUUCAGUUACAACAGGUAGAAGCUGCUCUAACUAAUGAACCAGAUAGUGAAGAAUUGUUAAAACUGAAAAAGGAUUUGCAGGAAGUAAUACACUUAACUACAGAUCUAAUUGCUGCCAAUGCUGAUAAAGCACCUGGUUCCUAUAAUGACGAGACCAACAGAGAAUUUGGAACGUACGGCUAUAAGUGGACAGCUGGUGAUGCAUGUCUUGCACCUUGGUCAGAAGACAAUCAAUUUUAUGAAGCAAUAAUUGAAGAUAUAACAGAAGAUGGUCAGUGUACUGUGAACUUUGUUGCUUAUGGUAAUACUGAUGUUGCUGAUAUAAAGCAAUUGAAACCUCUUGAUAAAGAACUUGGAGAGUUAUCAGAAAGUGCAUCAAAGUCAAGGAAGCAAUUAUUACAAGCUCAAAAAGACUAUAAAAAGAAAAAAGCACAAAAGAAAGCUCAAAGAAUGAAAGCUUUAGAAGAAGAAAGGGAAAAAGAAAAAGUAAAGUGGCACUCAUUUAAUGCGAAGGCAUUUAAUAAAAAGGGGCAUGUCAAAAAGAGUAUCUUUGCAUCUCCUGACAACAUUAAUGGGCGUGUUGGAAUUGGAACGUGUGGCAUUGGUGGAAGGCCAAUGACAGAGUUUCAACAACAAGAGAAAUGGAGGAGAAACAUGAAUGGACCUUUAAAUAAUAUAAAAGCUACAGCUGCUGCAACUGCAGCUGCUCUACGAGGUCAUUCAUCUCACAUGUAAUUAGAUUUCAUUGGGCAUUAUUUUCUAAAAGUGUGUUGAUAAGUUUACAUAUUCAGUGUUAAGUUUUCUCCCUCUUUGGUUAUGAUUUUUUCGUAGAAAUUUUGGUUAAAAAAGAUUCUCAAAUUAUAAUUUUUUUUAAAAAAAAAUUGCUAAAUUUUAUUAAUUAUUACAAGACAAUAGAAAUUAUUUUUAUUACUUAACUUAAAAGAUGUAGAUGUCUAUUGUUUUACAAAUAUCUGUGUACUUUUUUUAAAAAUAAAAUUAAAAGGUGCAUAUCUUAAAUCAUGUUAUUUGUCAUAGAACAUCAAUUAACAUUCUAUAAGAUAGUAUACUUGUUUAUCCAAGUGUUUUGUCUAAGUUUCUUGACUUUAAUUGCAGCUUAUUUAUGAAGAUUUCAUGCAGUUGUAUUUCUACGAGCAGUGACAUUUCCCCCCUUUUCAUUUGAGCUUUUUUUUUUAAAAAAAAAAUUUUUUUUUUUGAUGACAGAUCACUUUAUAUAAAACAUACUUAUGUAGCCAGAGGGGGAAAUGCAUUAGCCUAAUGCACUCAUGUGUAUAUGGUGUUGUGUAAAAUAAAUUAGCUUGAUAGUGUAUCUUUUGUAAAUAAAUUGAAGCUCUGUAUGUAAACAUUUUGUAUUUGCCAAGUUCAUCCAACGAAGUCAUAUUGUACAGAGAUUAAAUUGUGUAAAUAAAGUUGUACUCAU